GCCCCUCCUUCGAAGUCCAGGUAGACCUUCACGAGCUGCUGGGUCACGGCAGCGGGAAGCUCCUCAUCCAGGACAGCGGUCUCCAAACUGGCCCGCGGGCCACAUCCGGCCCGCCACGAGAUUUUAUCUGGACCGCAGCAAGCUCAGCGCAGGAGCUUGUGUCCGUUAAGCGUCGAGUCGUUUCAAGUCGGGGAGCGCGGCGGCGCGGAGCUGCUCUUACUGUUGUUAUCGGAAGGAAGAAACAAAUUAUUAGCUUGAGAAUGAAGAGUUGCAGCUACUGGAUGAUAAUACCAAUUACAGUUAGUGUCCUUGCAGCGGUCGGAUUCAUUGUUGUAUAUGAACUUGCACUGGUAAACAAAAAGAUUUGUCGUAUUGAUUCAUUCGAAAAGAAACGGAUGUGCAAAUUACGCCCUCCAUUUAUAAGUGUUGCAGGUGAUUCCCCUCCUGAAAGCUGCAUUUUUAGCCAAAUCAUGAAUAUGACAGCAUUUCUAGUGACCAUUAUUGGAGUUCUCCGUUAUUCACAGCUUAAAGUGAAGGUUAAGCAGCCGUGGCUCAAUAUCCUUGGGCUGAUCUCAACAUUUCUAUCAUCUUUUGGAAUGACAUUAGUAGCCAAUUUUCAGCUGUCUAACAAUACAGUGACACAUAAUGUGGGUGCACUCAUUACCUUUGGGUUUGCAAUUUUGACCUGCUGGAUCCAGACCUCUCUGACAUUCGAAGUGAAAAUUAAUAAAGAAGCAAGAUUUCUUGGAAUCAUCCGUUUUCUCCUUUCAGCGGUUAUCACCCUGACUUUCAUCGUCUAUUUGGUUUUGGCAGCUCAACGUAGUUUUUUUAGUUCCGCAAAGACUCAAUGGGCUUUGGCGUUAUGUGUACUCUUUUACCUGGGUACAUUUGCAUUGGAUUUUCGAUAUUAUGAUUUUGAGGUCCUUGCCAGAGAGAAGUACCCAAGAAAGUUUGAGUUAAGACAAAAAGCCACCGAUGUCUCAGUAUCAAUCAGAUAGCUUUAUAGAAAGCACUCUACACAUAUCUCAUCCCAGUAUAGAAGGGUACUGACAGAGAUAUGCAUAAAUCUUUCUUUAAAUAUAAAUUUACUUUUACCUCAGUUCAGUGCGUAUAAUAUUUUUGUG